UGUGUGAGGAGCGUGUAGUUUCUCUUGUCAAACUCGUGAAUCCACUGCGACCAUCGCGAUAAUAUAACGAAGUGAACAUUUCGGAGUGGAGUAAAAAUUGAUAAUUCUUUACGUGUUACGGUCAAGACCCGUGUCCCCCCGAUAACCGCGAUCUCAUCCCCAAUUAUAAACUCUCUAAUUGACGCGAAUAGAUAAAUAAUCGAGUGGAAUAUCGAGUGUGUAAUAAAAUUACUGGUGCCAAGUAUCUCGUCGGUUUAUCGUGAAAGGGCCAACGGCCGGGUGAUGCGCGCAUAUGUCUAAACUCGUGAGGACCCAGCCUCUGGCGACAGGACAGGUGAAAAAAUCAUCCGAGCAUCAUCACUACCACAACACCAACAAUAGCUGUAAUAACAGCAGUUUUAAUAAUAAUACGGCGUUGCUGGGCUUCGGUGCUGCGACGAAGCGCUUGAGGCACAAUAACGCCGACGAGAACGAGGAGAAUAACGUUGAAAUUGUUAAUAUGACUGAUACAGCAACAGCUACCAGCCAAAAGAGGGCUAAUUUUUCAGCCCUCACUGUUGCUAAUCCCAAUGGUGUUAAUAAGUUGACACAGAAUUUGGGAAAUGCCAAGCCUGGCUCAGCUAGGAAGCUUGUUAUCAAAAAUUUUAAGAAUAAACCUAAACUACCCGAGAACUACCAGGAGCAGACAUGGGAGAAGUUACGUGAGGCAGUGGUGGCUAUCCAGACGAGUAAAAGCAUCCGCUACUCCCUGGAAGAGCUUUAUCAGGCCGUUGAAAACAUGUGUAAUCACAAAAUGGCGUCGACAUUGUACGCUAAUUUGACAGUGCUGACAGAGUCCCACGUUAAAGCCAAUAUUGAGCAAUUUCUGGCUGAAUCGAUGGACAGACACAUUUUCCUGAAGAAGAUGAACGAGUGCUGGCAGUCUCACUGUCGUCAGAUGAUCAUGAUUAGGAGUAUCUUUUUGUACCUCGAUAGAACUUAUGUCCUGCAAAAUCCCAGUAUAUCUUCUAUUUGGGACAUGGGUCUCCACUUAUUCCGACUGCACAUUGUCCUGAACAACCUCGUGCAAACGCGGACAGUAGAGGGUCUCCUAAUGCUGAUCGAGAAGGAGCGCCAGGGUGACACAGUCGACAGAACCCUCCUGAAGUCCCUCCUGCGAAUGCUCUCUGACCUUCAGAUCUACCAAGAGGCCUUUGAGACUAAAUUCCUCAUGGCCACCGAGAGACUCUACGCUGCUGAGGGCCAGCGCCUCAUGAACGAGCACGACGUCCCCGAGUACCUAGCUCACGUCGACAAACGUCUCCAAGAGGAGAACGAGCGUCUCCUCCACUACCUCGACAUGUCCACAAAGUGGUCCCUCAUCCACACAGUGGAAAAACAACUCCUCUCGGAGCACGUCUCCAGCAUUCUCCAGAAGGGUCUCAGUGGCAUCCUCGAUGAAAAUCGAAUAAGUGAUCUAACACUACUCUACAAUCUGUACAGUCGUGUGAAGAAUGGCCUCGUUGAACUCUGCCUCAAUUUCAAUUGCUACAUCAAGAAGAAGGGCAAAACGAUAGUCAUAGAUCCUGAGAAGGACAAGACAAUGGUGCAAGAAUUACUCGACUUUAAGGACAAAAUGGAUAAUAUUGUGAAUACGUGUUUCUAUAGAAAUGAAAAAUUUGCGAAUAGUCUAAAGGAGGCAUUCGAGGCCUUCAUCAAUCAGCGUGCCAACAAGCCAGCUGAGUUGAUUGCCAAAUUUGUAGACAUGAAGUUACGUGCUGGCAAUAAGGAAGCCACUGAGGAGGAGCUUGAACGACUUCUAGACAAGAUAAUGGUUCUAUUUCGAUUUAUCCAUGGGAAAGAUGUGUUCGAGGCAUUUUAUAAGAAGGACUUGGCGAAGAGACUUUUGGUGGGGAAGUCUGCAUCUGUGGAUGCCGAGAAGUCGAUGUUGUCCAAGCUGAAGCAGGAGUGCGGGGGUGGCUUCACGAGUAAACUUGAGGGAAUGUUCAAGGACAUGGAGUUGAGCAAGGAUAUUAAUAUCGCUUUCAAGCAGUACUCGACAAAUCUGCAGAAUGAAUUGUUGGCAAAUAAUCUGGAUCUCACUGUUUCCAUUUUGACGAUGGGGUAUUGGCCCACUUAUCCACUGAUGGAGGUGACUCUGCCUGCUGAAAUGGUCCAGUAUCAGGAGGUUUUCAAUAAGUUUUAUCUGGGAAAACACAGUGGGAGGAAAUUACAGUGGCAACCGACACUUGGACACUGCGUGCUCAAGGCAUGGUUCACUGGGGGCAAUAAGGAGCUGCAGGUCUCACUGUUUCAAGCGCUUGUUUUGAUACUUUUUAAUGACUCUGAUGAUUUGUCACUUGAGGAGAUCAAGGCUGCUACGAAUAUCGAGGAUGGAGAGUUGAGGAGGACUCUGCAGUCUUUGGCUUGUGGCAAGGCCAGGGUUUUGCAGAAGAAUCCCAGGGGAAGGGAUGUUGCUGAUAAUGACAGAUUCGUAUUUCAUGCUGACUUCACUAAUAAACUGUUUAGGAUUAAAAUUAAUCAGAUUCAGAUGAAGGAGACGAAUGAGGAGCAGAAGGCCACUGAGGAGAGGGUCUAUCAGGAUCGACAGUACCAGAUUGAUGCUGCUAUUGUGAGAAUUAUGAAGAUGAGGAAAACUCUCACUCAUAAUCUGCUUAUUAGUGAGCUGUACAAUCAGCUGAAAUUCCCGGUCAAGCCAGCUGAUCUUAAAAAACGCAUCGAGUCCCUGAUAGACCGCGACUACAUGGAGAGGGACAAAGACAAUGCUAACCAAUACAACUAUGUUGCGUAACCACAACCAAAUGCCAAAGUGACCAAGCCACGAGCGAAGAUGGUUGUACGCGAAAUAAAGAGUUUGCGAUUGAGACGUCGAAUUGAAGAGCAAACCCGACAAUUGAGCUCACGCUGGAAUCUGCGAUUUCGUAAUAAUCAAUAUUUUAUGAUUAGGUAUCGUCGUUUGUGUCUCAACGGUGAUAAAAAACGUCUGUUUGAUCGAAGAAAAUGAUAAAAUAGGAAUUUAAUACCUGAUUUAAUCGAUGAUUAAGGUCUUACCAUGGACCAUAACUGUGGAUCAACCCUCAAGAUGUCGAGAUAAUUUUCGUCGUUAAGGUGAAUCAGUGAAUUGAUGAAUUAAACAGGCAAUCAAAGAGGAUGGAAUGAUGAUAUUUAAUUCAAAUUGAUUAUGAGAAUCAUUUCGUUUAUUGUCUGGGUUCUUUCACACCAUUUUUUUCUUUUGUAUAAAGGACAUUACGAGAAAAAUGGUGUUUAGUGUUUUUGUGAAUAUAAUAAAGGAGGAAAAAUGAAAUAA